GUGAGAAAUGUUUUCGAUGGUGAUGCUGCGAUUCCUCCUCUGCCUUGCCGCCUUCCUCCCGGCCGCCUUCGGGGCACCGCUGGAGACGUUCGAGGACCUGGUCAGAGCGUUCCGGGCCGGCCAUCGAGUUGCUGCCAAUUUCGACACGAGAUUGUGCGAACACGAUGACACCCCGGAACCCUUCCUGGCGUCGGUGCACUUCAGUCAAUGGGAAUACGAGGAGACGGCGGAUUUGGCGAGCGUGAUCGCCAUCGAGAGCUUCGUGACACAGAGAGGGACUUUCGUGCUGCUUAUUAUGGUCGCGGGGUCGGACGGGGGCGCGGAGAUCAACGGGUUCGAGGUGUCGUUCGAGACCGACCUGAUUGUCGACAGCUUCCUGGUCGCGUGCACGGUCGGGCUCGGGGCCUUCUUCGUCGAGAAGGGGAAUCACCAGCCCGACACUGCAGUGGGUUCGUACGACCAGCUGAUGACUGUGUUAACCGACGGGCGUCAGCUGAGCAUCGUCCUGACCAUGAACGAAUGCGAAGGCUUCGUCGAGCCGGAAGUAAAUCUCGCCGAGUUCGGAUCCUCGUAUUACCAGUUCUACGUCAUCCCAGACGAGACGGGAGAUGGCGCCGUGAUCGUGGAGUGGCCCGGCCUGUUCCUCAGCCAAGUUCAAGACGAGACAGUUUAUUCCAUGCUGAGGCUCAUCGUCGGCCAGGACGGGUCCGUGUCGUUCCGAGGCAACUACUACAACACGCAGACGUGGCAGGACGAGUUUUUCGACCAGGAAGGGUUCCAGUGCGUCCUUGGGGAAUCCGCCAACUUUUACUUUGCCGCAGACGACGCAUACGACUCAUUCGGGACAUAUUCCGAAUUGAGUGCCGCCUUCUUCGCCGGGAAGGAGAUCCAAGCGGCCGUGAACAUCCCGAUGUGCACGCCGAUCGAGGGGAAUCUCCCCGGGAUCCUCUACGCUGGAACGAAGGUGGAGCUCUGGGAACGAUGGUUUUCCUCCGACAUCUUAUUCUAUCAAUCCAUCGUGAACCUCGCGGGCGAAAUCGUGCAGCAAGUCUUCACGCUGGACGGGGAGGAAAUCCUGGUCGCGGCGGAAACGGUGAACCCGGCGGAUCCCGGCGCGGUGCCGGAAACGGUCCGGUUCUCGUGUCCCAUCGGCUCCGGGUCCAUGUUCUCGGCGCCGGCUUUCGACCAAUCGGAGCUGAGGGAGUACGCGCUGGUGGUGAAGGCCGAGCUGAGCGGAGCGAAGUUGUCGGCCCAGCUCAACUUCAGCGAGUGCGUGGAUGUAAGCGGGAUGUUCACGUAUGGCAUCGUCCGCGCGCACCUCCAAAACCUCCUAGUUCGCGACCUCGACACGGAAGAAGAAACGCUGUUCGCGUCCGCGUUUUCCGGUCGGUACGACGCGGAUCACGCCGCGUUCACGUACGAGGUCUGGGGCGUGAGCAUCGACGGGAACAACCAGGCUAAAAUCUUCCCCGGCUUUUGGGAUUACAAUCCUCUGACCGGCGAAUUUUUGAACCUCUUCGAGGAGGUCGUUGUGGAAUGCACCCUCGGUGAAGGUCUCAUCAUCUCCGAAGAAGCUUGAAUGCAGAAUAUAACUUGAUUCGGUCUCCAUUUUUUAAAAUUAUUUUAAGCUCUCAG